AUGAACCAAUCAGAGCGUUUUCUCGCAUCCCCUUUAAGAACGAUCGGCGCAUGUUCAACACUGACCGCUGAAAGUGUUGAGGGUUUUGGGGGCUUAGAGGUCGGCACCCAACCCGAUGCACCAGCUGUCCAACCCGAAGCUUCUCAGGAAGAAGACCCUGGCCUCGGGACCAGUGCGCACGGGGCAGCUGAGGGAGCCGCGCGGCGCCCUCAAGCAAGACGCCGUGGCAGCAGCAGCAGCAUGAGACCGCAGGACCACCCGUUCCUGCAGCUCCAGCAAACCGGGUUCGACAUGCUGGAGCGGGAGCUGGCCGGGAUGCGGCGAAACACCAACACCCGUCUGGACCGGGUGGCGAUGUUGCUGCGGCCUCUCGGGCGCAUGGCCUCAAGUUUGGACCGGAUUGCGACAGCAAUGGAACGUGCAUGGCCCCCAAACGACCCACCUCCUCCCCCUGUUGUGCCCCUUCCUCCCCCUGUUGUGCCCCUUCCUCCCCCUGUGCCCCUUCCUCCCCCUGUUGUGCCCCUUCCUCCCCCCAUUCCAUCUCCGUCCACCCGCUCCACCAGGAGCACAUCCAGCGUCGCCACUCCCGGACCCUCAUUUGUUGGAUCCCGCCGAGGCAGGCGUAAAAGGCCUUACAGAGGAGGGAGAAAAUAA